AUGCUAAACUACAAUUAAUCCGGUCCAAAAUCAUCAUAAAAAAGAAGCUCAAGCAAAGACUAAAGAUCAAUUUCUAAUUUAUAAUCUAGUAGAUAAUUAUAAAGAAGAGCUUCUCAGUAGAAUUUAGUAUUUAAAGUUGUAGAUUGUAGUACUUAAGAUAUUGAAAAUAAGAAUUCUAAGCAAUAACUUGAUCAAUUAAUUAAUGGAUUGAAUGGAUUGUUAGGAUAUGAAUUAAUAAUGAAGAAAGGAAAAUUAGAUGAGUUAUUUAGAUAAUUAAAUUUUUUUUAUACUGUGAUACUUUAGAUUUGA